AUGGUCGCGGAGGAGGAGGAGGACGAGGACGACGACGACGACGACGAGGCGCGACGCGAGCCGACCGCGGAGGAGCUCGACGCGGAAGCGCGCGAGCUCCUGCAGUGGCCGGAGCUCUCGUCGCAGGUCCGGUCGUUCACCGCGACCGUGCUCGGCUUCCGCGCGUGCACGCCGUUCCUCCCUCUCGGCGCGUCGCCCGCGAUCUCCGCGCGAUGGCUCUCCGAGACGACCGCGUGCGUCGCCGCGUGCGACGCCGGCGCGCUCCCCACGAGCGCGUUCGAGGGCACGAAGGACGUCCGCGCGUUCAUUCGCGGCGCCGCGAGCGGGAAGACGCUCAGCGGCGCGUCGUUGGCGGACAUCGCGUCGACGAUGACCGCGGCGGCGCGCGUGUGGGCCUCCGUCGAGUCGCUCGUCGCGACAACCUCGGACGCCGACGCGGCGGCGGCGGCGUUCGCGCCGCUCGUCUCGCUCGCGUCGCCGCUCGCGUCGACGCCUCGAGACGUCGAGACGGAGAUACGCCGAUGCGUCGCGGUCCCGGGCGGGAACGUGCUCGACGACGCGUCCGACGCGCUGCGCGCCAUCAGGGACGCGCGGAGAGACGCCGAGCGCGAGCUGCGCGAGCUGCUGCGGGAGACGGCGGAUUACAUGGCGCGGAAAAACUUCGCGGAGCGCGCGCAGAUCGUCACGCGGCUGAACCGCGAGUGCAUCCCGAUCAAGGCUGGCGCGCAGAGCGAGAUGGAGGGGGUCAUCUUGGGCGCGUCCGGGAGCGGGCAGACGGUGUUUAAGGAGCCCGCGGGCGCGGUGCCGUUGAAUAACGCCAUCGCGGAGUUGAACGCGAAGGAGGACGCGGAGAUUGAGCGCGUCUUGCGGACGCUCACCGCGCUCGUGCUCGGCGCGGACGACGGCGAGGGGUUGACGGAGGCCGUGGAGGCGCUCGGCGCGGUGGACGCGACGCGCGCGAAGGCGAAGCACGCGGCGUGGCUCGACGCGUCGCCGGUGAAGGUGGUGGGAGGGACCGACGGCGACGGCGACGACGACGACGACGGCGGCGGCGGCGGGGGGUGCGUGCGGCUGCCCGGGGCGAGGCACCCGCUGCUGCUGCAGCGCACGCUGCCGAAGCUCCCGCGCGGCGGGACGAUCGGCGCGAGCGAGAGCACAGAAGGAUGGGACGGCGAGGGCGAGGGCGACGACGACGACGACGAGGGCGAGGGCGAGGACGACGACGGCGAAGAGGAUGAAAAGCCGUCGACGUCGUCGGCUUCGUCCGUCGUCCCCAUCGACUUCGUCGUCCCCCCUCGCACCUCCCUCGUCGCCAUCACCGGCCCGAACACCGGCGGAAAGACCGCGUCGCUGAAGCUAUUAGGCUUGUGCCUUCUCAUGGCGCGCGCGGGGUUACACCUCCCCGUCGCGCGCGGCGCCGCGGGCGCCGACGCGAGAGUGCCGUGGACGAAAACCGUCCUCGCGGAUCUCGGCGACGCGCAGUCGCUCGACCUCGAAGGCGGCCUCUCCACGUUCAGCGCGCACUUGCGACGAUUACAGCGCAUCCUCCGCGCGUCGAGGGACGAUACCGACGCGAAGCGAUACACCGUGGUGUUGCUGGACGAGCCCGGGGGCGGGACGGACCCGGCGGAGGGCGCCGCGCUCGCCUCGGCCGUGCUUCGCGCGUCGGCGGACGCGUGCCGGCUCGUCGUCGCGACGUCGCACUACGACGAGGUCAAAGCGCUCGCGGGCGGCGACGGCGGCGACGGCGGGAUGGUCGGCGCCGCGAACGCGGCGGUCGAGUUCGACGCCGCGACGCUGCGACCGACGUAUCGGUUGUUGUGGGGCGCGUCCGGGGAGAGCAACGCGCUCGCGAUCGCGCGCGGGUUGGGGUUGGACGCCGGCGUCGCGGACCGCGCGGAGAAGCGGUGGCGGCGGCAGCGACGCGCCGCGGGGCUGCGCGGCGACGACGACGACGGCGCCGGCGCUGCCACCGUCACCGCGGUCGACGACGUCAGCGAGCUCGCGAGCGCGCUCGAACGCGAGCGCGCGUCGCAGGAAGAGCGCGCGGCGUCGGCGGCGGCGGCGUUGACGCGCGCGGAGGCGCUCCACGACGACGUCUUCCUCCGCGGCGCGAAGCACUUGCGUCUGCGAGAAGAGAUUUGCGUGGAGACCGCGGAGCGACGCGGCGUGGAGGCGAUGCGGGACGCGGAGACGACGUUAGCGCUCGCGGAGACGCGCGAGGAGCUCGAGGCGUUCGCGUCGGAGGCGUUGCCGAGAGGGUGGACGUUCGACGCGCGCGGGGAAGCCGUCCCGGGUGAGAAGAAUCGCGACGGCGGCGGCGACGGCGACGGCGACGCGGGAGACGGCGCCGACGGCCGAGGAUGGACCCCGAAGGUCGGGUCCGUCGUGAUCGUGCGAAGGCUCGGCGGCGCGGAGGCGGAGGUGCUCGACGUCGACGAGGGCGCGAGGGAGGUGCUCGUGAAGUUUGGGUCGAUCACGACGCGCGUGUUGCUCGCCGAAGUGAGCCGGGUUGCGUAG